GGUAGAGGUAACAUGUAACAACAACAGACAUACACAUUGAUAACGUUGAUAACAAUUCAGAAAAUAUCGCUUCGGGACAUCCGAAUUAUUAAAUUGUAGUUUAUUUGGAUUGAAUUUUCCAACACUUUAGAAAAUAUGGUGACACGUGAAAUAACUGAACAGUUGCGGCGCUCAUCGGUGUAAUCAACUGCGAGUUUGGGUAUUAUUUUAUUACUUUUCAGUUUUCAAUCGAAUCUUGCCCAAGAUCGAAGUAGCUGUUUGACUUUGAACGUUCGUUUCUUGUUAUGUCGAAGCGUAAUUUGCUAGCAACUGUAUGGAAUUCGUUCGUUAAAUCUUUCAAAGUGCAACCGCAGCGAUUACUCGGCGAAUUCAAAGGAGAAGAUUAUUUGGGUAAUAAAUAUUACGAAUUGCCGCCAGAUCCUCGCGGCGGUCGAUCAAGAUCGAGCAGAUGGUUCGAAUCCGAGUCGGGAGAUUUGGACCAACAAUUGCCACCCGAAUGGACGGCGUGGUUGAGACGCCGAAGAGAAGAUGCGCCUACCGACGAGGAAAUAAUUCGCAAUUUAGCCACUGCCCGAUUGAAGACGCGCAAUGCUUCUAAAAAUGUCGGAUCUAAAAGCGAGAAAUCGUCGUCUACACGGUCGGCAUACCCUUCGUCGUUCCCGGAUUACGGAGACGAAUAUGAAAAGUUUCCCGGACAACAUAGCGACGAUAGAAGAUGACAAACUAGUCGCGUACGUUUUAAAUUGAAACGUUGGAACGCAAACGCAACGAAUGACCCUAGUGUAAGAUUGUUUGUACUCGUGUACUCGUGUACUCGUAUUAUGUUACGGAAUAAAUUUUUAAACUCGUA